CCGGCGCGAGGCUGUGCUGCUGGCUGAGUGGCCGUGGGCGGUGGGGGCGACGCCGGGGCCGGCGGCCGCCGCCCCCGACCCGGUCCCCGCCGGGGCAUUGAUUGAGACCCCAGACCCCAGACCCCAGACAGCCCGGCCAGUCCUUGUGCGCCAUGCCGUCCCCGGCGCUGCUAUGCGCGCUCUGCUGUGGCCUCCUGGCCGCAGCCCGCGCUGGCUACUCCGGGGACCGCUGCAGUUGGAGGGGCAGCGGCCUGACCCUGGAACCCGGCAGCGUGGGGCAGCUAGCCCUGGCCUGUGCAGAGGGAGCGAUCGAGUGGCUGUACCCGGCCGGGGCACUGCGCCUGACCCUGGGCGGCCACGACCCCGGCGCGCGGCCCAGCAUCGCUUGCCUGCGGCCGGCACGGCCCUUCACGGGCGUUCAGGUCUUCGCAGAGCGGGCGCGUGGCUCCCUGGAGCUGAUGCUGGCGGAGGGCCCAGGCCCGGCAGGAGGCCGCUGCGUGCGCUGGGGUCCCGGCGAGCGCCGGGCCCUCUUUCUGCAGGCCACGCCACACCCGGACAUCAGCCGCCGGGUGGCCGCCUUCCGCUUUGAGCUGCGCGAGGACGGGCGACCAGAGCUGCCUCCACAGGCCCAUGGUCUUGGUGUGGACGGUGGCUGCAGACCCUGCAGCAAUGCUGAGCUCCUCCUGGCUGCAUGCACCAGCGACUUUGUAAUUCAUGGGACCAUCCAUGGGGUCACCCACGACAUGGAGCUGCAGGAGUCUGUCAUCACUGUGGUGGCUUCCCGUGUCCUCCGCCAGACAUUGCCACUGUUCCAGGCAGGGGGCUCUGGGGACAAGGGGCAGGCUUCCAUUCGCACCCCCCUACGCUGUGGUGUCCACCCUGGCCCGGGCACCUUCCUCUUUAUGGGCUGGAGCCACUUUGGUGAGGCCUGGCUGGGCUGUGCCCCCCGAUUCCAGGAGUUUAGCCGUGCCUAUGCAGCUGCCCACGAGGCCCACCUCCACCCCUGUGAGGUGGCCCUGCACUGAGGGGCCUGGGAAUAGCCAUCAGCUGGAUCCUCCUCUGGAUGGGAUGCUGGGAGGGAGGGAAGGUGGGGAGGGCAUCACAGUACUCACUGCUGAGGUGAUGGGAUAAUCAAUAAGAACUUUGAUUACAUUAGUGGCACGGA